AUGGGCCCCUGUACCGCCUCCUCAUGCUGCUGCCAGGCCCGUAAUCUGCCAUGGGCCCCCGUACCGACUCCUCAUGCUGCUGCCAGGCCCGUAAUCUGUCAUGGGCCCCUGUACCGCCUCCUCUUGCUGCUGCCAGGUCCAGAGUGUGUCAUGGGUCCCUGUACGGCCUCCCAUUGCUGCUGUCUCCAUCGCCACACUCUGCCAUGUGCCACUUUCAGGUCUCCUCACACUGCUGGUGGGUUCCAUUUUUUCAUAGGGUGCUGUAUGGCCUCCCAUUGCUGCUGCCUCCACCGCCACACUGUGGCUCCACACUCUGGUUUUGGCCCCGUGACUGCCCAAAUGAGUGAAGUGUGCGGUGAUUCUAAGAUCGACGGCACUCAUCUGCAUGUCAUACUGACUGACAGUAUUAUUUCUCUUCCCCAGCAGACUCCAAGGGCAUUUAAAUUAAAGGUACAGUGUUCUGCACUAAUAUAA